AUGGCACUACAAUUCAUAUGCGCAAAAAGAUUAACAGUCCUUCUACUGUUCCUAACUCUGAUACAAUCUGUUCGAGCUGAUCUAGUUGUCUUCGAGGCGGGUCUCAUCGCAAAUAGCAGUAAUGCUGCUCUUGCGGGAACUCUCUCGCAGGAUUGCAUUACUGCCAUGGAAGAUACAGUCACCUGCGAUCCAUACCUGCGAACUCAAGUAAUGAAUGAUGAUUUCACCUACCUCGAUUCAUCGGUCCGUGACAUCAUGUGUACCACAGCGUGUGGCCAAUCUCUGACAACCUACCAUGCUGCUGUCGAGAGUGCUUGCGCAAGCAGCCCCCAGCCAUGGGAUAAUACGCCAGCGACGUUCUAUGGAGACCAGAUCUGGGCACAAUAUAAUAUCUCAUGUUUCAGGAAUGCAGCUGGGGGUUACUGUCAAAAUGUCCUUGCAGAUCUCACCAUCCCAGACAGCGAUAUCUCAAUGACGGGACUGUCCAGCUCGAUAUCAACCUGCGGUGUUUCAUUCCCAACAGAUGUGCAUCCUGUGGCUAGCAACCAGACUAACUUACCUGGUUAUGCGCCUGCGGGUUAUGACACGGCCCAAUGUGCUUCAGGGAAGACGUACACCGUAGUCACUGGUGAUGAUUGUGGGAAGAUUGCAUCGAGCCAGGGCGUGCCUUGUGGAUCUUUGAUCGCGAUCAAUAAUAUCCUUCCGACUUGCUCGGAUCUUUGGAUUGGACAAAUACUUUGCUUGCCAGAUACUUGCCAACUAUACACAAUCCAGUCGGGAGAUAUAUGCAUGGCUAUUGUGAAUGCCUACGACAUAACACUAAUUCAACUGCUAUCAUGGAACUCAUUCAUAAAUGCCGGAUGCUCGAACCUUCUAGCCGGGGAUCAAGUCUGUAUCCAGCAGCCCAGUCCUGUCUGGACAGGCACGACGAUCGCCGGUGCAACAGCUACUAAGACUGGCGUCUAUGCAACUACAACUGUUGCUGCACCUGGCUCGGUGGCUCAUGACACAACGACGAAAUGCGGGAAAUACUAUCAAGUCAACGAUGGCGACUACUGCCAACUUAUAGCUCUUAAUUUUACAAUUACGGCUGCAUUAUUCCAGCAGAUCAACCCGUCCAUUGACGACGGAUGCACAAAUCUCGUACCAGGACUAUACUACUGCGUCCUCCCCACAUCAGACUGGAACGAGACAUCGACUACAACAACCUCCACAUACGUGACAGCCCCAGCGCCAACGUCCACCGGCGCCACCGAGAGUUGUUACGAGUGGUACGUUGUAAAAUCCGGCGACUACUGCGCACUGAUCGAGGCCGUGUACGGCAUUACCAUGGCGCAACUGCAACUAUGGAAUCCUGAAUUGUUGGACAAUUGCUCGAAUUUGGUACUUGACGAUGCGUAUUGUAUCAAUGGCGAUGCUGGGGGAUCUAGUUUGGCGCCACUUUACAUUCUUUUCCCGUCAACAGCGCUUAUCAAGAACAUAAUGUCUAACAGUAACAUUUUGAAUUACCUCCCACCCGGCUGGUCGGAGGAAACAUACCAGAACAACACAGAUGCAGACAAUGCCGCCCUAUCAGACGAGGAACUACAAAAACUAAUGGACAGACGCGUCGCCGAAACAAAAAUAAUCAGCGCGCAAAACCUCGCCCCAAUCAACGAAAAGCGCAUAGCGCGCGGGGCAGCACCAAUCCAACCACCACCUUCAGAACCAGAACCAGAAUCAAGCCAAAUCCAACCCCAGGACCCAACAUUGGAAAAUCUCCAGACCCUAGUAGAGACAAUCGAAUCCGAAAACUGGACAGACGUCGGCUUCCUCAUGUUCCGCACAGACUACAGCAACGAAGACCUCUGGAACGAAUUCCUAGAAAAAUUCAACACAAUUCUAGACGCGAGCAUUGAAGAUGCACCUGCUGAGUCCGGAUUAUCACGCAUUGCCGAUUGUGUCUUUAUGAAGAUUGUUGAUGAUGAUUUGUUCGCGAAUGAGUCUCCUGAGCGUGUUGCGUUUGCUUAUCGGCUUUGUGCGGAGGAUACGGAGGAUAAUGAUCCUGAUGAUAGGCUUGCGCCUGGUUUGCAUACUCGCAUGUGUCUUUUUGUUGAUGGAGAGUGUAUGCGGUCUGUUGUUGGAUCUGGAUCUGCGGGUAAUGAUGGGGAUAGAGUUGCUUUUGUUAAGGCUGUCGAUGUUAUGCUUGGGUUGGAUGGGGUUGAUGGGAACUUGUCUUUUACUGGAGUCUUUAAAGUUGCGGUUCGAUCCUUGAUUACGAAGUUUUAUGCUGCUUUGCUUGCGUGUGCUGAGACUGUGGACUUGGUGCCAGCUGGCGAUGGGGUUUGGGAUGGGGCGCAC